AUGUCGUUCAUCAUCAGAAGACAAUUGUCCACCUUGAUCCCUCCAAAGAUUGCCUCUGCUAAGAACAUUGGUGGCGCCGCCGAUGCCAAGAGAAUGGGCGAGGUUGUCAAGUUCUACAAGAAGUUGCCAACUGGCCCAGCUCCAGCUCCAAAGAAGCCAACUACCCCAUGGGGCAAGUACAAGGCUGCCUACUUUGACGGUGACAACGCUUCCGGCAAGCCUUUGCUCCACUUGGCUGCUGUUGUCCUCAUUUCCGGUUACAUCUGGGAGUACCAGCACUUGAAGCACAACGAUCAUUAG